UCAUCAAAUUCGGGAUGCGAUGCAUACACAGCUGACCUGACCACGCGUGGAGAAGCAGCGGGGCUUAAGUUCCACUCGCAAACAUGACAUCUUCAGGUGACUGGCCAUGGGGCUAAGAUGGCGUCUGAGCCUGCGGUAUCUGUUCCGUGGGGCAUAAUGCUAAGUAGUGCCAGAAAUUGCGUGAACGAUUCAAAUAGGCCAAGCCCAAUUAUCGGCGUUCUCAUGGCGGCAGCAACUUCCUCGUCUCAGCAGCCUCGCGCCGAGGAAUGGAAGAAGCGAUAAAUCAUGCCUAACGCAGCAGGCGGGCAUGUCCUCACCACAUCAAGCAGUAAAGCUACCGAAGGAGGCGUCACCGGCUUCGGAAUUGGCAAGGUAUCUGUCAAACAAUCGCGAAUCCUUCACGAGAAGGUUUACUGGUGCUGUGCAUGUCGUCUUUCAUGUGCCGGGAUGCCACCUCCAUGUCCAAUUUGCCACAAUGCACCCUUCUCUUGCUCAAGCGAACUGUGGUAAGCCGCAGGCCACGGAACCUCAGCAUGAGAUCGUAUGGGCGGUUUUCUUCCUUCGGCGCUACACAUGGAAUUGCUGAUUUACAGAUAUAGGAUUCGCUGGACCUAAGAUGGAGGGAGCCCGUAUUGUGGGCCAGUCGAUCUCUUUCGACUAUUUCAACUGUUUAUUGCCCGCAGUUAGCGCGGUUACU